AUGCCAGCAUCGGAGAGUUCAAUAGUGAGGUUGCCAUCGAGGUGCAGAGCAGAGACGGCGCGGGCCACGGUUGCGUUCGAGAUCGCAGGCUACAGCCUGCACAAGGGCCUCGGUAGAGGCAAAUACCUCCGUUCUCCGUCAUUCUCCGUCGGCGGCUACGAAUGGUGCAUCCACUACUACCCAGACGGAAACAAGGACGAGGCCAGCCAAGGUUACGUCUCUGUCUUCCUCAAGCUCUUGACCAAGAACGCCGAGGUGAGGGCGCUCCACAACUCGAUGCUCGUGGAUCAGGCUAGGGGGGCGUCGCUCGUGAUGCACCCUUUCAAAGAGCCAAAAGUGUUCGACCAUAAAAAGUCUUGGGGCGUACCAAACUUCAUGGAGAGAACCGCUCAAGUAGAGUCGACGUACGUGCGGAACGAUUGUCUCAUGAUCGACUGUGAAGUCAGUGUUAUCAAGGAAACACUAGAUAUCCAUGUGCCGCCCUCUGACCUUUCGGACAAUCUUGCAACCUUGCUAGAAGGGAAGAAAGGAGCAGACGUGACUUUCAAGGUUCGAGGGGAGGUUUUCUCCGCUCACAAGAUUUUGCUUGCAAUGCGAUCGGCGGUCUUCAACGCGGAGUUUUACGGGCCAAUGGGGGAUAAGGGGGCACAUGACAUAACCAUCGAUGACAUGCAGCCUGUUGUUUUCAAGGCAUUUCUUCACUUCAUAUACACGGAUUCAAUGCCUCCAAUGGAUGGUCUUGAGGAUGAUGACAAAAGAGAGAUGGUUAAGCACUUGCUCGUGGCUGCGGACAAGUAUGCGAUGGAAAGAAUGAAGAGUAUAUGUGAAGGCAUGCUAUGCAAGAGUCUUGAUGUUGAGACUGUGGCGAGCGUUUUAGCUCUAGCUGACCAGCACAAUUGCAGCAACCUCAAAGAUGCUUGCACUGAAUUUAUGCUCUCUUCAAAUAGAAUGAAAGAGGUGAUCUCAAGCCAAGGUUAUUUGCACCUCAAAAGAUCUUCUCCUGAUGUCAUCGUGGAUGUGUUGGAGAGAGCAGCUAAGUCCCGCAAGAUUUAG